GGGCAUGCGUGGUGACCAAACGUCUACCCCGUGGUUUUAUGAAAGGCGAAAUCCUUGCCUGGGUAGAGCUUGUGGCAGCCGCUUGAAAACCCGUCUGUUCAAGGAGAGGAGUUUGUGUCAGGAGAACCAGGCGUGAAGACGGUCGUCUCUCUUCAACACAGUCAGUUCCCUUUCGGCUAUCCUCUGGCUUUGCCCCCGCCUCCCUCCUCUCCACGCACCGCUGUAACAACACACAAACCACGGGGACGAGGCGGCAGACGUAACGCUAGCUGAGAAGGGAAGUGGGCUUCGUCUUGUCUUUCAUCACGCAGGUGAGCUCUAAAUGUGUCAUUUUUUACCCCACUUGAGACAUAAGUAGCGCACAUUUUGUUGUACGGGUAUUCAGAAAGGACAACUGUAAAUGUCCGCUGUACGUCGUCGUAGCAGGGGCUCGCGCUGGCGGCGGUUAAUUAACAGUUAGAGAUGAAACAGAAGGGUCUCGCCUCCCCGCAGCUCGAGGACUUAAUGUGCCGGUUUGUGUAUGUGCUGAUGCUCGAGCGUGACCAUGACAAACAAGGUCUAGGACGUUUAACGCGCGAGAUAUUACCUAUCUUUAUGUCUUGAAGGCCAAAUAACUAAAGGUUUGUAGAUAUGGGGUUUUAUUGUGACUCUUAAAGGCAAAACACACCAUCAGAUGACCAAACACGCGUCAUUAGCUGUCAUUUUACAGUACUGUUUCAUUCCAAGUAAAACUGAUAAGAAACUACAGUCACCCAGCAGCUUUAAGUGGGACACCACGCAGGGCUUAUUUGGCCAUUAGGAUUUAUUGGCUCCUGAUGAUGGCGUUGUCCUGGAAACGUGGUUCGGCAGGUGUGCGCUUGAGCAUGCUUACAGUAUGAGUGCUUGUGCAUCUGCUAUAGGCCACCACACAUGAAACAGCAGGUAAGUCACACUGUAUGUUUAGGGAGAAAUCCGAGAUGUUGACCCCCUUCAAGUCGCGAGUUCUAGACCUAAAUUGUCAUAAUAUUAACCCAAUAUAAGCAGGCAACUUUGGCUGUGUUGGCUCCGGAUGAAAUCAGUUUGUGUCGAUGUGUUCAAGAUGGCAUACUAGCUCACUUGCCUCCUGGGUACACAUCGAACAAAAGCUGAGGCCGUGAUUUAUGUUACACGACAGUGAAAACUGUGCAUGUGGCGAGAUCAGUUGUUGUUGGAUUACUUUUUUAAUUCAGGAAACAAUGUUGGGGUCUCUGGCAGACACACCCGAUGAAAACUAUUUUCACACUGUCAUUUCCUUGAUUCCUCAGAUACUCUGUGAAUACAUGUAGGAUUUCCUGUAUCCUUGAGAAGAGCAAGGAUCUUAUAUUAGUGCUGAUAUUCUCUUUCAAGACCAAAUGAUGUGUGUGAUAUGCUCUUUCAUGCAAUCUGCGUACACUUACUCAAAAGACUAGAUGCAUGAGCCCAAGAUGUUUCAUUUGAUAUUGAUCUAAAAAUGACACAGCACUAAAUGAAAAAUCAAGUAAGCUCAUGAGAUCUAUGGCUUGCUCAAUCAGGCAUUAUCAUUGUUGAAUCAGGCCUGAUCAUUUUCAUUUAAAUAAAGCCCUUCAUCAAAAAACAUAACCCAUAGUCACCUUUGAUAUCAGGUGAUUUCGAGAUGUGAUUUUUAUCCCUUAUGUGCCUCUCACAAAUGUUCAUAGAUAAACUACACCCACUGACUUGCACAUUAUAAGCCAAUACCAACACUGCUCGGCAGCUUUCGUAUUCCGCUCUAGCACGUAAAACAACAUUAGAGAUAUUUUGUGUUAUUAUGAGCGGUGUAAAAUUAUUUUUGGCUCUUUAUGGGACUAGAGCAGGAAGAUCAUGAGUAUGUUCUCACCUCAAACCAACAAAAGAUUUUUGAUCAGUCAGCUAUUUUGCAUUAUUGGAUUCAUAGAGCCAAUAAACUCAGAAAAAAGGUUCUGGAUUGCAUUGUUUCAGUGUAGUUAAUAAAAGCAAAUACUUUUCUCCUCUCUUGGUUGAAUUUAGACUAGCUACUACUCACACAAGACGGACAAGGGUUGCAGAGAUGCCAGAGAUUGUUAGAAUGGCCCCCAUUGUUGAUAGUAAUGUGUGCUUUUGUACAGUUGUAAGAUGUCAAAGUGUUAAGUUUAAGCUGCCAUUUCUGGUGUAUUUUGUUGGUAAGAGUAUUUGUAUGGAUUUGGAUUAUUCCUUCAAUUGAAUACAGCUAAAUCAAACUUAAAUCUUUAAAGCUGGUGGGAAAAGAAAACUUUUCCUGAGGUAAUGAACAAUGUAGGUUUUUUUUAUUCUUAUGUGUAAGUGGUUUCGUUUUUUAAUCGCUAAGGUGCUUUUGAGCACCUGCAGAGAUUGUGUGAUAGUGUUGGUGUUGGCGUGCACAUCACUAUUUUUGCAUGCUGAGUAUUUUGCAUUGCAUGUGCCUGCAGUUUGCAUAGUGAUAAGGACUAGCAAAUUGAGUGUUCUCUUUGGGAAUGCUGGUGUAUGAGGCGUAAAAAACUGGUGUUUGUGCUAGUCUCUUCACAGAACUCUUGUCAUGUUUGUUUGUUUGAAUCAUGAUGUAUAUCAAAAAGAGUUUUAGAAAUCCAAUUUCUUCUUAAAGGUAUUUCAUUUGAAGUAGCCUACAGCGUAUAUAUGCAAUUCUUAGAAAGAAUGACAUAAUUAUGAUUUUAAAAAGUUAUGGAAAAAAGUCAAUACCAGUCAAAAAAAUAUGCUUGGAAACCUAAACAGCUAAAAUUGGAAAAUGUUUUUAGUUUUACUCAGCACAGUUAUCCAGAUAACUCAUAAAACUUGUUUCUCAGGAGUGAUUCUAACCUCAUCAGCCAAUGUAGUAGCCCUAUACCUGUGUCAGACCAGACGAACGACUGAUAGGACUGAUGGGGAAGACCUCAAAUGUGCAAUAAUAAUGUGAGAGGAAAACUGCUGAAAGGACCGUUGACAUCCUGUGUCAGUGCUGGGUGUAAAGGAGGUGUCCACAGGCCUUUAUGAUAUCUGCAUGAUGUGUGACCUACAGUUGUUGUCUUUAUUAAUACAAUGAAGAUAUUGACUUUGAAGAAUGAACAAAUAUUGAAGCAUGCAUGUCAGUGUGUUCCUCUGUUUAAUAUUUUUUUUAACUGCUGUCUCUCAUGAAUGGAGUAUAUUUCCAAAGACUAAACUGUUUUCUCAAAUCACAAAAUCCUCAUCUACAUGACUGGCUGACUUAUGUGGAAGCAUUCUUCAUAAACCCAUGGCUCUCUCUGGAAGAUCAGAUCUGUGUAGACAUCACAAUGUUCUGCAUGUAGUUCAACAGCAUGGCUCUGUAGUAGAGGAGUUCAACUUCUACCGCAUGCCUGCAGUCCAAACUUGUCACCCAUUGAAGACAUUUGAAGCAACAGAAAACCAAUAACAGGAAAAAGGAGACCCUGAAGAGUUCAGCAGAUGAUAUCCUGUAUAUAAACAGUAUAUGGAAGCCCUGAAAGGACAUGAUUAAAUAAUUUUAUUUGUCCUUUUUCUCCAGACAUUGAGUUAAUUUGUCAUUACCUUGAGAGAAUUAACUUCUCACAUUGUAGUCUGGCUAAUGGAGGGCUUGUGGUGGCUGUGGCUCAGUUGGUAGAGUCGGUUGUCUCCCACUCAGUAGGACAAGGGUUCCAUCCCAGAGCUGUCCACAUGCCCACUGGCUGUGGACAGUAGUGUGUCGAUAGAAUUAGUGCUGUACUAUCACAGCCUCUACCAUAAGUGUGUGAAUGUGGUAUUAUGUAAAGCGCUUUGAGUGGUCAGAAGACUUGAAAAAAUGGGUCGUCCAUAAACAUACCCUAUUUUUCACACUAUAAGGCGCACUUAAAAUCCAUUUGGCUUGUCGGAGCACUGCAGCUACCGUAGUCUUGCGGAGUUAUUGAAUGAGUUAAAUAAAGUUUGAUUUAUCUGACUGUUUUGUUUGGCUUACUGCGCUUUAUAAUCCGGUGUGCUUUAUAAUCCGGUGCGCUUUAUGUAUGAAAAUAGACGCGAAUAGAUGUGAUUGAUGGUGCGCCUUUAGUGCGAAAAAUACGGUUGUCCAUUUCAAUGAAAGCGAUCAGUCUUUUUUAUUGGUUUCUAGAUUGCCAGAAAAUUAACUUGUUAUCUCAAGAUAAUGAGAUAAAUAUCACAUUAUCUAGAGAAAACAAAAAUUGUUUUCUUGACAUAAUGAGAAUAUUGACUGAAAAUAUUUAGGAGAACAACUGAAAUUACUUGUUGUCACGACAAAACAGAAAAAGAAAAAUAAAUUACAUUUGAUUGUGUCCUUUAAGGGCUUCCAUAUUUUUUAGAAAGACUAUGCCAGCAUUUACAUUGUUGUUAAGAGAAGAAGUGAUGCAACACAAUGAAAUGCCCCAGUCCCAACUUAUUGAAAGUGUUUCUGGCAUCAAUAAUGUAGUGUGCUCAUAUUUCCUUAGCAGAGUAUUUCUAUAUAAACAUUUGACAUGUUUUCUUUGCACUAUUUACAGUUGUAUUUAGGGUUACAAUGAUUUGCAAACUAUCAUCUUUCAUUAACAUUUUACACAGCGUCCCAACGUUCGGGGUUGUAUAUAGCGUAGAUAUAUGAAAAAAUGCCUGAACACCUUUUCUAAACAGAUCCAGUAUCUAUCUUAUCUUUUAUUAAGUCCAGAGACAGGCAGAUUGUAAAGAUGCAGGUAAAGCAUUUUGAGGAUAAGGUGCCGUGGCCCCUGUGCAAGGCUAACAGGCCUAGUCAUCCAGCAUGAUGAAUGUUUUCAGUGGAGACCAGAAGGACCAUGCAAGAUUGAAAAUAAACAGCCAAGUCACCUGCAGUUGUGAGGUCAGGUAUUUUGCUCAAACUUGGAACGUGAUUGCAUGCCACCUCUUUUGGAAUCCUAAGUACACGUUUAGUGGCAGGUGGUUGGGUGAGUUGGCUCAAAGGCUACAAUCCUUCAGACAAUACUUCACUGCGAGUGGAGGCCUAUUCCCUCUGAGUAACCUUUUCUCUGGAAGAAACGAUGCCCAAACAUUCGGAUGGUAGAGUACAAAACCAGGUUGGCAGAAUAUUUCGAAAACACAUGCACACAGGAAAACACACAAACAAGACACUGAGUGAAACAUUACUCAUCACUCUUUUCUUGUAACAGAUGAAGAAGCCCGUUAAGUGAAAUUAAGCGAGAAUCUGUCUAUUAGAGCUGCAACUAACAACUGUUGAAUCAUCGAUUAGUCUGCCUGAUUGUUGUCUUUAAACUGUUAUAAAUUAAUUGAAAGAUGGUGUAGUUUAAAUGAUCGCUUCUAAGUUCCCUCUUUAAGCUGGCCGUCCAUGUAAAUGCAAAAUGUCCAAUGUAAUUGGUGUUUAAUACAAUUAUGCCGCUAAUCAGGGACUUGUGGAACCAUUAAAUAUUAAGCACUUCUGAUUUCAAAAGAAAACUCUUUGACAAUAGUUACAAGUUCUACUCCUAAACUAGCUGCCAUAGUUCAGGGUUUGAUAGAUCAGAGUGCUGCUACACUAAAUGUACAGAAAUCACAAUCAUCACAUUUACUACUUCCUCAAAGCUACCCAGGUAACUCUUUUACAUUGCAAAAUACUGGCAACAGCCCAUGUAGUACCGACAGAGUCUUAACUUCAAGACUUUAAUCAGCCUUUACAGUAGCUUCUUUUGUCAGUCUGACAUCCAGUGGAGUGAUGUAGAGCAGGUGAUCACCUCACAGGAUGUCUGUUGGUCUAGACUGGGCCAGGAACAGACACACUGAAGGGAACUGGGUCACAGAAACAGAUUCCCGGCUCUGUUUGUUGAAGGCAGCGUGUGACUAAGAUUACACCAUAGUGCUGGGUCAUGCUGUGCCUUCCCACUGUACUGUGUAAAGGUGUAUGAAUGUAUAUAUUAUUAUUAUUAUUUUUUUUUGGCUUGGUCAAUGAAAAGAGUUUCCAGUCAGUCUGAAUACAACGGCCUUAAUACACAUUUUCUUUUUAUCCCUUGCAGUCAGGAUUUUAUACAGUUUUUCCUCCAAGUAAAGGCAAGAAAGGAUUUUGUCAAAUUUGUAUUUGCAUGUGUGAUGAAAGAAAUCUAGUAAUUUAAGGAUUAAAUGGUCAAAGGCAGCAUACUGAACCAUAAGAAUCUUACAUAACAAAGGCUGAACAACAAAGCCAGCAGUAUCACACCAAAGCAGGCUACAGUCAUUACUGUAACACUAAUGGCCAUUAGUGCUGCUUCAGGUCAAGUUUGCAGACUUUUUGUGGCUGAUGUAUCCAGUAUCAAAAUCACAAUGGGCUUUAAUCAGCUGACAAUCACAGAGGAAUUUCCUCUUUGUGUGUCGCUGCUACAAAAAUUUUUACCCAUUAACUGUCUGCAUUGAAUUUCAGUUUCCAAUUGAGACAAACCUGCCAGUGACACAUUGGGUCACAUCUGGCCUAGCGAAACGAGUUGGUAAAUGAAUAAACAUGUGAUUGAUUUUCUUGGUUUCUCCUAGAUCUUUUAAUGAAUGCGAGUGGGGACUUGUGAAUGGAAGAGACCAGAGGGAUUACUCAUUGAUUUGUUAGAGAUAAUAGGCUUCUGUUUGAUUAAGAGGGGCCUAUUUUAUCUUGAUUGUAACCAAGUGUCUUUUUUUCAGUCUGUUGUUCUUGCGCUUGCCAUACAGUUAAAAUUUAAACACCUGAGGCGGCCUGUGUGGUUGUAUAGUACACUUCCGUUAGUCAUUUGACUGCCUGUGAUAUAUCUAUACAGCAGUAAAGUGUGACUUGACGCAUCCUGAGGUAUUUAUUGAUCUUCAUAUACAAGUGAUGUCAGGCUGUAAAAAAUGACCUGAAUUUUUUAACUAGAUCUGGGUCAUUUCACAUCUAGAUCACUGUACAACAUAUCACAACAAAGCACAUCAUCUGCAAAUUCACUCCGAUAAAACAACUGAAGUUUAGUUAUUGUUAAAGCCGUUCAUAUACAUGAUUUUAUUCAGUUUUUGCAGAUUUUUAACAAAGUGUUUUACAAUGUAUGAAUACUCGUCUUUAAAAUCAUUUUCAUGUUGGUUGACAUCAAAAGUGUCAGUGCCAUCACAAUCCAGUCAGCAGCUUCUACUUCAUGAAUUCAACAAAACUAAGAACACAGCGAUAACCGCCUAAAGGCCUUUACCUUUACGUUUGCUUCACAGUGGUCAUUGGAUUCAUUGCUCUCAAUAGCUUGCCCUUCAGUGCAUUGGAAGAGUUGGCUUCUGCAGGCUGAUGAUGUACUCUGAGCCUCACUACAAUAUACCCAGCUGGUGUUCCUUCUCAGUUGUUGUGGCCUUACCUGAACUGCAAAGCUUCGCCUUCUGCCUCGUAGAGAAGCUUCUUGCUAAUGCCACUUAUAUUAGCUCCUCCAUGGAUAUCUUGGUAUCCAAUCAGCAUGUUGAUCCUCAGUGCCCAGUGGAUGUAUGGCAACAUUUCUAAGUUGUUCAUCUCAUUGUCUGUUUCUAAAUAAAUAUACUAACAGGUGAACUCAGAUACACAAGAAUCCCAGGAGUUUUUACAUUUGAAAAAAAAAAGGUGUGUCUGUCAAAACAUGAUUCUGUUAUCAUUGCUGUUCACCAAUAACAAUUUUAGUUCAGUUUAUAAUCCUAGUUCUAAGAAACCUUUACAAACAAAAACUGUUCAAAGAAGAGCUGGCAGUGCUCUUUUUGUCUUUUCGCUAUUGUAUUAGUGCUUUAUUAUUGAAUAAAACCAAGGAAAUACAGUGACAUUCAGUGUUCCCCAUAAAAGAAAAUCUCAUCAGCCUUGACCCAGAUUGUUAGCCUGACUUCAGAUGAAUGUUGGAGCAUUUCCUCCCAGGAAAUCAGUGCCGUUUUUAAUAUACAGGAAGUGAAAAUUGACCCACAUCCUAAGUUUAAAAAAAAAUGUAAUGAGUAGCGUGGCGGAUGAUGGAUGGACUGGAAGUAUUGGAGAAAAGAGCAUUGCUAAUUGACUCAUUAAAGAGUUUUUUUCUUAGUGGAAGUGGUCCGUCUGAGGACUUCACUCAUUCUGACAUCAAUUUACCAUUUUUUUUUUUCUACACGCAUGAUGUGUUUUUUUUUUCCUUUGUCUGGCUUACCCAACAGACAAUAUCUGCACAGGGAAACAAAUGCAGUGGUAGGGUUCAGGUAAACAGCAAAGAUCUCUGGUUGGCAAUGAAGAUUAGGUUAGAUAAUGUGAUCUCGAUCCCUCAUCAGGAAAAAUAAAUCCGUAACAUCAGCUUAAGGACAGUGAAGAAAGAGAAAUAAGCGAAUUAGCAAAACUGCAAACGGAAAUGAUUGAAUGAUAAGAAAUAAAUACACCAUUAUAACUUUUUACUCUUACAAAAAUAAACGGGAUGUGUUGAUGGUUUGUUCUACUAAAGUGUUGUGUACCUACUCAUCAAGGGUCCUUUUAAAACAAAUAUCAGGAAAAAAUACCAGAAGCUAGGGAUGUGAAUUCAAAAUCUUUUCUGAGAUUGUUCUUUAGAAGUAUUAAGGAUGAAUCAUUGAUUUCCUAUAUUUAAAUUAUUAUUAUUUUUUUUUUUUACCAUGGUCAAAAUCGUACCAGAUAUGUUUCCCCCCCUAAAUCGUGUUUUUUUAUGGCUACAUUAUGAAUAUAAAUGAUGCUACUGCAAAGCUACAGAACUAACAAAGGCGUACAGGUUUUAUAACAAAGUGAAUAUCAUCAUGUGGAGCAGACUCAUAAAAAUAACCUAUGCAUAAAGUUAUACAGAGUAAGUCACAAACUACUUAAACUAUGUGGCGAUCGCCGCAUUAAGAGAACUAAACAGAAAAAUAUUCAAGACUCGCACUGUCCAGAUUUCUUCCCACUUGUUCUGAUGAGAAAAAAUAAACAUGUCCACGUGGUUGAGUGUCAGUCGGGGGAGCAACCAGGUCACAAUCAGUCCGUCAGCAGCAAACACAUGCACAGACGGCACAGAAGAUGCUGCUGCUAUGCAGAGUUACUGACGUGCCAGCUUUUCCAGUCUGAGAAAUCUCUCUGCGUGUCCGGUCAAAAUUUCUCAUUCAUGUCUGUUUGUUGUGUAGUGGCUGUUAUAAUUUGUUCUCCAAAAAGAGAGCUUGUUGAGACCUGGUGCAGCCACUCACUGAGUAUUUUUGCUGUGCGUAGCUCGGUUAGCCAGUUGGUCCACAAAUCACCACCCUGAUAGCUCAAGAUCAUAUCAGAUUAAACAGUGAUACAGGUGUUUAGGUGUGUUUUAACAGUCAAUCACUUGACACUUCAUUAAUUGUCCACAUUCUUCCUAGAAAGCACAAGUCGAUUUGACAGCUAUCACUGAAAACUGCAUAAGCUUCAAAGUUCUUUUAUGCUGGUCUUUUUUCCUGCUGUAGUUUUUUAAAUGAAAGGUGAAGCGAAGAGAAGUAGAAAACUUGGCUAGAUGCAUUCAACCUCUCAAAUGAAAUUUCACAUUGACAUGAAACAACCGUUAAGUGCACAAGUGGCUGGACCUGCCACUUGGUAAAUUUUAUUAUCUGCAUAUGUCUUCCUGGAAGUGAGGGUAAGAUUUUUCAAAGGCAGCUAAGCUAAACCUUAUCAGUAUUUAAUGACAUAAAAACUGAGAUACACAGUAUUUUCACAUAUAAGAAGCUCAUACUUGUAUACCGUUUUUUUUUUUUUUUUGUCUUAAAAAUAACUAAAAAAAUUUAAAUAUAUGAAAAUACAUUAUUAAAUUAUAUCACAAACUGUUUACAAGUCAAAUAUACCUAAUGAUGUUGGAAUUAAGUAGAAGACUAUCAGAAGCCCAUUAAGUUUUUAUAUUUGCAAAGCUGACUUCUGGCAUUAAGAUUUUAUUAACUGAUUCUUUUUCCCUCGGUCAUUCAGAAAGACAGUCCAUGACAUCCAUUCAGUCCAAUCAGGUUACCUUCAUUGUUCAGGCCAACAGUGUUUAACAUGUAUAGCAAUGUGAGCCUAUUUUACAUGGAUCUCCUGUUCUCUUCAUUGAUCUCAGUCAUCUCCUGACUUUGGUAUCAGGUCUGUGUGGUGGAGCCUCACCCAGUGAUGUCGCCUUAUCUCCCCGUGCCUUAUUUGUUUUGUCUGCCACGUCCCCUCUUUGCCUCAUGUUGACCCUAAAACAUUUUUCCUGUGAAGGUUUUUUUUAAAUCCUGCAUCAGGGUUAUUUAGUGCAAUGCUUAAUUUCCAGUUCAAACAAAAGUUUGUCAAAUGAAGUAGUUUAGUGAAAGAAAAUUAAUCGGCACUGUAAUAAUUCAUCAACUAUUUAAGUGGCUUAGAAGCUCAAGCAUCUAAUUACUGAAGCUAUUACCAUCACGUCUUUGGCACUUUGCUUGAAAAGUGAAAGGAACAAUUAACAAGUCUGACAUCAAUUCUCUACCCAAAGGUGUUUUUUUAUUCACAUUCACAGUGCUAGUACUCUAUUUUUCUGCUCUUAAAAAUAUCAUUAAUCAACUUGUUGAACGUUUAUGAAAACGUCUUUUAGCUAAGAAUCAAAGCCCCUAUAAGAAAUUGUAGGUAGUCACAAAAAGACCAAACUAGUGCUCUUGUCCCCCAUCAUCUACAGCUGCAAAAAUGUCAUCAGCCACAAGACAGAUUAUUUCUCAACAUUUAUUCUGUCUCUUGCCACUUCUAUUUGUUAGGUUUCAGGCAAGAAAGCUGCAGAAGUAACGUUUGUUUACAGUGAUUUGGAGACUGAUAAGUUUGAAAUAGAUGGAAGAACAUCAUUGUCCACAGAGGGCACCAAAAUUCCCACAGACACAAAGUUCAUCUCCGGAGUUUUGAUCCAACUGUCCAGAUUGUCAGUAGAAAGCCUGACUUCUAUAAAGCUGAAGACUUGUCCAGUAGAUCAGUGUAUCAUAAUAAAAGAAACAAUGCCAAAAGGGAAUUCAAACCACACCUAAAACCAACAGGGUCAAGAACAGUUCACUGUUACUUCACAGAGCCAGUGUUGGCUUCUUUGGAUUCCUUUUUUUUUUUAUCUGGCUGCGGUGUGUUUACGUCAGUCUGCUAAGAUUGUAUAUUUCAGUGGAGUGUGACUGGAAUUUUUUAGGACAGCUGUUAUCUGUUGAUCCUUUUUAAAAGUAUGUCGGCAGUGUAGGAGGAAGAGAUGUAGAGCAAUGUGACCUCGUUGCAUAUAAAAAUACUUUAAACUAGCCUCCAUAUUACAGAUGGUUAUACAUCCAUAUCCUCGCUCCAGUUUCUAUGUCGAGGAGCCUUACUUUGUGACAUCUGCUUCUUUCUCCGAGCUUUAUUUGUUUUGUCCUUCCUGUCCUCUUUUGUCUCGGGAUUUGGUGUUUUAGAUUAUCCAUCAAGGGUUGGGUAUUCUUGAAAAAGUGAUAAAUUUGGGCUGAUAAGGAACCAGAGGACCACAAGAUGGUGCUAAACAUAAUGCUUGAUGUAGUCUCUUAAAUAUAGGAAAAGUCUCAGGUGUUACUCUGACAAUUAGGAUCCACACUCAGUUCUCCUUACGCACUGAUAGAUGAACAACCUUUUCAAACAUCAUGCCAAAUCCUGCUACGAUGCACUUGUGCUAUCUUGUCUCUGCUAAUCUGAAGCAUAAGGAAUGAGAAGAGUUGUGACUUUGUCAGUUAAUGACAGUAACCUAUCAAACUUAAUCCAAGGGCUGCAUUUUUUCUAUUGUCUGAGUGUCCAUUCGACCUUUCUGUAGGUUAACUGGUUGAACCAGAUUUCACUCUGAGGAAGGUGGCCUUUUGAGUCACUGAGAUAUGUCGCAUCAUGUGGUAGGUUAUGAGACAGAGUCUCCCUUUAUUAAAGGGAGGCUUUUAUUGGUUUUUAAGUAGCAGUAGUCAGCAAACAGUCUCUGGUGUGUUCAAAAUCGCUGCCUAACUUCCUUUCCUCCAUUAAACUCGGAAAAUUCUGAAUUCAGGGCAGGCUUACAUUCAGGCAGAUGGUGGACCACAGAUGGACAGCACCUUUGGGACAGCACAUAAAAGAAAAAAUUGACACAAUACAGGAUGGAAAAAUGAUCAGCUUCUGCUUCAGAUUAUCUAUGCUUUCUCCUUGUGGGAUCCAAUAACAUAACAUUCACUUAGACAUGUCCGGCCAUGGACAUUAACUCAGGGUGGUAGAGCUGUCUUUAGCAUUGAUCGUAUUUCUCAGCAGACUUCCCAAGUAUUGUUUUCCUUCAUUCAUCUACUACAUUUAUAUCCAGUGUGCUGUCUGUAUUUUUAGUAAAUCACUUUCACUUGGUAUCCUCUCAGGAAACUGUCUCAAACUGGAGCAGCAGAACUCUGGCACUCCGUUCCACCCAAAGUCUUUAUCACUUAAGUUUGAUUUUUUUUUAAACUAUUGAGCCAUUUGGUAUUGUAAUGGAGUACAGUCAUACUUACUUUCUGUGAUGACCCAAUUUCUUGUAACUGAGUAACUUAUUUACUAUAAAAACAGUUGGUGUCUCAAAGCAGGGAUUGUAAGUUGGUCAUAAAAGAAGUCUUUAACAGGGCUCAAUGUAGGCAGUCUGUCUUCACAUUUACUGUACAAGCAAAGAAAACUGUUGCCUUCAUUGUAAGUAACAGCUGGAUAUCAACUUAAAGGGUUUAAUAUACUUAAAGCAACAACAGAUACCUGUUAGUCCUAAGUGCCCCUGCUGGGCUUGAUGAAAAGCCUGUGUUAGUGGGUGGUAGAAGAACCUAUAAGAAAUGCACGCUGUUAUACGAAAGGCCAACUUUGUCUGAGAAACACUGUAGGAAAGUAUUUCUCUUCAUUUUUCAAACCUAACCUUUAACGCCCAUUCAUGUGCUGCUGGUAGCCUGCUGUGUGGGUGUAGGUGUUGGCGUGAGAACAGGGAUGGGGCGAUCUCUAUUCUCCUGAUCUAAAUGUAACUGUCUUUCCUGCUGCUUUGGUUUCGCAAACUGAGAAAUGUGUUUGUACAGCACAGCAUGGGAGUGCACCUGCUGUUAAACUGUAAAGUACCAAAGAGAGAAGGAUUACCCUGGCCUCAGACCAGCCAAAAGUACAAAAGCGACGACCACACCACUAUUCAUGCUUGAUUCAGUUUUUUGCACUAAAAAAAGUCAUUAGUCAGUAAAAAAAAAAAGUCCUUCCAUGCAGUUAUGUCACCACUGUCUUUUCGACUCCUGUGCUUUUAGCCAGACACCUGUGACUCACGUUCCAGGUGCCAAAACUGAGUUGGAGUGAUACUCGGUGAUAAUAGGCUUUACGCAACAAAGCUCACCAUCUACAAUAGAGAUACUCUUUCCUUGUCAGCGUGUGCGUGCCAAAACCACAUUGCAAUUCCUAAAACAAGUCUGUACUUCCCAAGAGAUGAUACAUUUCUAAAUGCUUAAAGGGACAUAGUACUUUUACUCUCUGAUUUAUGUUACUCUGUGUGCUUUAUUUCCAUAUCCAUCUCUUUGGGAUGGACAAUUCAUUGGAUGUGAUCAGUUAGGAGGUGAAAGGAUCAGAGAUAGACUAGAUAUAAAUGAAUAUGAUGUGCAGUUGUUUCAAAUCAGUGUAAGAUAAUUUAAUAAUUCACUGAUCUAUUGACCUUUUAUCUGACAGAGGUUUGUGUCUCUGAUUAUCUUUGGUCCUCACAAUGUCUUUGUAACACAGUCAGAGUAACAUAACUGUGUAUUGAUAAAAUGACGGAGCUGUUCAUGGUGCUGAAGUACCCGACAAAUUUCUGUAUGAGCCUUAGACAUUUAUCAUUUCAAUUUAAAUACUCCAUUUUAAAUAUAAUGUGAAUAGUUUUGUUGUUAUGCCUCUUUAGAGAACUGUCACACUCAUGAUCAAAGUGACAAGAAGAGACAUGUGGUUGAGGAAAAGCUUAAGGAUCACAAAAACUGACUGCUGUCUCAUCUAUACCUCUAAGUUUAAGCUUGAGUUUAGAGUGGUUUUGUAAUUUUUUUGGGGUGUAUACCUCUUAUAACUUUAGAUUAACACAUAAAGACAAAUAUUCUGUUUAUUGAGGGUGUGAACGGUAAUAAACAUUUGACAAAACACUGGUGCUCUGAGGGAUCUGCCUGGAUGACAUAAUUAGGUUAUAAAAACAGAUCACCUCUCACACGCACUUCCUGUGUUUUCCGCUGGUCUCAUUACAAAUUCAUGUGUAUGCGUGUAUCCCUGCAUGUGAGCACAUGUAUCUGGAGUUGAUACCCACUUGACUUGUGUGAAGAAAAAAAUGGUUUAAAAAAUCUUGUAAGAUAAAGGACCUGGCUCGGUAGGCUGAUGUUAAAUCGCAUUUAUUAAUCGCAAUUGGAUCUUCACCAGGUGAUUACAGUAAUUGUGUAAUUGUGAAGUAGGAUAAUAGGUGGUAAAGUGCAGGUGUUCUAAUAGUUACAAACCCAGACUUUAAAACGUGGGUUUUUAAGAUCCAGCCAGAGAAGUCAAAAAAUUAAGUAUUGGACUGAUCGCCCACAGGUGAUGAACUAUUAAAGGUGAUUGCUGAAACUUUCUUUUAAAAACAAAAAGUACUUAAAUGACCUAAAAUGCCUGUACCAAUGUCCAUUUUAUUAUUUGAAAUGCAAUCCUGACCCUGGAAGUAAGGCUUUCUCAUGUCUAUCUAUAGAAGUUUAACUUUGAACCCAAGCCACAGUCAGGCAGGCAGAAAAAAAAUCCAUUUUGUGGAUCAAACAAGCCUUCAAACCUAACCUUAAAUUUUAGAUAUCUGAGGAUCUGCUUUUGUCUUAACUAUGUGUAUUAGAUAUGUGACGAGGGAAGACUAUACAACUUCAGUAUACUAAGCUUCUGAUAACAUUGUGAAGACUUUCUGUACAAAAUAAUGGGAGUCAGAUAUACAGAGUGCAGAUUUAUUUACUCAUACAAUAAAAUACAAGUAUGAAAAUGCUCCAGGGUUUUUCACAAAAUAUUCAGAAACAAUCUGUAAUAACAGUGAUAAAAAGAGAUAAAAAAGUUGUUAUGGUGAACUAGAGACAGACUGGGCUUUGUUAUAUCUGUGCAUCACUUCAGUUGUUCCCCGUAUUCAGCAGCUUGUUGUCCCUGUAGCUCUUAUCUGCAUUCACCCCUGCCCCACUGUCAGGACAUUGACCAAUGUAAACAUGACCUUGCAGCCGCUUUUACAAUUUGCCCUCGUGGUGAAAUAGGAACCCCUCACGUGUAAACUGUCAAACCCUGUUGUACUAAACUCUGCACGUGUAGCUGCACACACACACACACACACACACACACACACACACACACACACACACACACACACACACACACACACACACACACACACACACACACACACACACACACACACACACACACAUGUCCUUUCAUAUUACCAAACAUCUUGCUUUGGUUUAUAUCAUCGUAUCUUGUCUCUAUUGAUGUAACAGCAGUUAUGAAAGCAGUUAUGAGUACAGACAUAAUAGGCAUGUUGAAUUUAAGAGGGUGGCAACUAACUAUUCAAACUUUUAAGGGUUGACCGUGUUUGUUUAGACAAUUAUGUGUAAUUAUCCAAUUAAUUUUUAAAGCUUUUAUUGUAAUACCUUUUAGCAAGUUAUUCCAAGAGACUGUAGCGAGAGUUUUCUAAUCUUUCCUUAUGCUUGCUCUCAUACAACGACACACGUGGACCUGUGUUUCCUGUCUUUUCUCCAGCUGGAAGUUGAUUUUGUCAGUUAUUAUUGAUGUGUUGCCAAUGUUAGAAGUUAACAUGGGCAACACAUCAAUCAAGUUAAGAAGUUAAAAGAAAAACAUUUCCAUUCCACAACUAUUACAUACAUAAAGUUCCAUUACCAAAGAGAAUAAACAAACCACUUAGUAGAAGUUAUUAGAUCUGAAUGUUGCUGCAAUCAUGACAUUCCUAAAAUUACCUCAGUUAACCUCUUUUUUUUAUUAGAUUUAACAAGUUUGAGCAGAUGUCUUUAAAUUCACGUGUUUAGCCUCCCCUGAAGUGUCCUUUUUGAGAAUGAGAGUCUAAACUUUUCAUUACUCUGAAACAUCUGCAGGCUUUAUAAAGACCAAAACUAAUGACUUGAACUGCAGACCAACAUCUGGAGAGGAUAGAGCUGAUACACACACAGAGACUCCUACAUGUGUAUUCUCACUACAACACGGAUUUAGCCGCAGAGAUAAACCACCAAUGCAAACAUCUGGUGUGAAGUACUUGGGUGAAAUAUCCCACACAAAAACAGCAUGCCUGUACACAGAUCCACAGAUCAGGUUACCAUGGUUAUACAUCCAGUCAGUAACUCUGUCCACCAGCCUGCAUAUUCUGGGAUGAGUUAGAAUUACCACAGCAGCUUCUUUGUUUCUCCUUGCUUGUAGUUUUACUUGAGUGCUUUUUAUAUUUCCUUUUUUUUUUGAUGCACUUAAAAACACACACUGCUCCUGCUUUCAUUUGGGAUGGUCUUUCAUGUGCAUGAAAACUGCUGAUUCUCCUCUGUUAUAUAAUCACACAAACUCAGUAUCACUUCUCUCUUCUCGCUCCAGUUCUCUCUCUCUCUUUCUCUUCUUAUGUUGCUUGUUACAUGUAUGUGUUUGUGUGUUCCACAUAGACAGACAGAAAACACAGUGGGGAUCAUUGGGGAAAAAAAACACUGAGGAUGAAAUGCUACCAUAGCAUGUCUCCUCUGGUGUUGGUUCAUGCCUCAUCACCCAGGGGCUGCUGGGAUACUCUCUGUCACACUCCGCAUCUCACAACUAACUCACAGUACUGACAGAGCCUCAGGCUGGAGAGCUCUGAGGUUAUGUGCUUUUCUCAUGUGCUGUAUGACACAAUCAAUUAAUUCUUGUCAUUUUCAGCUGCAUUGUUUACCAAAUAUUACAUAAUGUCAUAAAGUUGUUACUAUCCUGCCAUAUUGCCAUCAUUUCCUGUAAUAACACAGUUCAUGACUAAGGUAAGGUAUGUUUAAGGUAGGAAAGAAGUGGUGAGUCUAAUUAAAACAAACAGUAGCUGCACCAUUUGUUUUUGUUGUCCCUUCUAAAUGACCUGGUAGAAUCUUCACGGUCUACAGUCAGGGUAGCAUGCUGAGUCUUUGAGGCAGGAUGGGAAAAUGUGAGUUUAUGUGAAGGUAGAAGUUGAAGUUCAUUGUUUUUACAAGGGUGGUGGUUUGCCAUGAGCCCAAGCAGCUCCCUUUUGGAGAGACAGGCCUGGUCACUGACCCUGUUGAUAAUUUGUUUGAGAGCUUGUGUAAUCUUCUGGCCAUGAGAAGGAUGAUAGCAAAAUCGGCAAGAACAAGCAGUUAUUCAUGUCCUCAGCAAAUUUUCUCUCUUAGUUGGAAUCACAUGAACUCACACAUGGAUUUUAUCUCUGGAAAAAACUGGGAUCAUUAGCUUGAAUGAUAAACCUGUUUUCAUAACUUGAGCUGAAGACAUGAGAAGCUCUCAAGCCCCCUCUUAAUAUUCCUAACCUCAGCUGGGGUCCACUCCCUUCCACAAAGGCAUUUCUCCAAAUACAAGCAUGACGAGCUAACAGCUAGAGAAGGUGACUGUUGCAUUACUAACAAUAAUGCAUUGCUCUUUCAAAUUACAGCUUGUUUUGUGUCAGUUUUCUGUGACUGGAUACAACUGUAUGUGGCUUCUUUUUUUUUUUGCCUGUCCUAUCAUUGUUCCUGAAACGACAUGCCCCCUCUAUAGGUGGGAACUUUAAUUACAAUAUAAUUCACUCUAGCUGCCUUUUAAAGCCACAUGAACUAAAAUCAACACAUCAGCAAGGCUACGCACUAACUUUUGCUUGUGAUUAAAUGCUGUCUGUCAAAUUAACUUAUGUCUCACCUCCCUCCUCCUCUUCCUCCUCCUUAUCCUUGACCCUCCAACCUCCUCCUUUCUGCCUGGUCUUUCCUUCUCUAUCUACUCUUCCUUCCAUCUUUCCUCUCUCUCCUCCUUUCCCUCUUUCUCUUGCCCCUUCCACACAGAUGCUCCCAGCCGCCCAGCUUGACAGGAGUGAUGGGAUGUGUCAACUAGGUAUAACACCGAUCCCAACAUUUUACACUGCAAGCAGUGGGUGGGAAAGGAGAGUCUGGGAUGAUUAAAAGAAAAUAAGAAAUAGAAAUAGAAAAGGAAAUCUGAUAUGGAGGAGAGGUAGUGUCACAACAAAGUGCAGGUGGCUAGGUGGGCCUCUGCUGCAAGUUUAGACAGUUUGUCGCAGUUAGUGGACAAAGCUGAUAGUUUGAUAAGAAAUAUUUUUUAAAUUAAAUUUUUCAUUGAAUUUAUGAAUUUACUGAAAAAUAUUUUAGUUCAAUACAUUUAUCGACUUGUCAGACAUCCAUGCAUUUUGUUUUUGUAUACAGUUUGCACACAUACUCUACUUAAACAUGUAAAUUGAGUCAGUUGCUAGGGGAACAGACACUCGCCAAAAAUCACGGAAAAAACAUGUUUUACCAUGAAGUUGCCCUGAAUGAAAAAGAAGCAAAGAAACAUGUUUCAGGAAGAAACAAUAUAACUGUCAUACGGUAUCAAUGCCUACAGAGUUUGUUUAGUGAGCGGGUUUCCAGGUAAUAACUAAAACAAACUUUUAAACACUGAAGCUCGGCAUCCAAGUCCAGUGUGACGCAGGAAACAGGAUCCUUUAAUUGCUUUUACACAAAUUCACCUCUUCUCAAUCCAUGAGUGUCUUUGUUUACUAAGAGGCUUAGGUUGACAUUAAGGGUUUACUAAGUUAAAUUGAAAGUGUCUUUUGUGUUGCAACUCCAUCUUUUAACCGAACCUGUCAGUUCAGUCACUGAUGAGGGAUUACAGUUAUUAGAGUUUUAUUUACUCUAAUGAACAGUGCAUGUCCUGCAUUAAGUCUGCUUCAGUGACACACAACAUGAAGAUGUAUUGACAGAAUCAAAGCUCUCUCUUUUUUGGACUGGUUUAACACUCAUGUUUGUCUAAUAUUAAAAGUCUGAUUCACUACGUUUUAUUGGACAUUUUUUUGUCUCCGUCUCUUUGGACAAAGACAAAUUAAUGCCUUACAGAAAACCUCUGGAUUUGAGAGUGGUUCAAUGAAAAACAGCAGAUGAGUAAUAUGAAUGAAGUAUUACUAUGAGAGAGAACCUGGUCUGCAUGACUACCGUUGAUCAAAAUAGACCUCAAGCAAACACUAAAUAUGUCUGUGCAGUUAAAGAAGUGUUGGAGAAUUCCCCUGUACUCAAACACACACACAGCAGUCACCUCAUGAUAAAGAAAAGGCUUCUCAGUGUUUCCUGCACACUUUCAUGAGAACGGUUGUUCCUUAUUUCAUUAAGUCUUAUUUGACCCUGUAGCUUCUUCACAUGAUUUACUCCAUUUCUCUGUGCAUGAAGGCGAACAUUUAUGAGCUGUCUCUGUUCAUGAAAAGUCGGAUACAGUUAAACCUGAUGUGAUCACUGCUGACAUAUUUCAUAUUAUCUCUAUUCACUGGGUUUGCCCGAAACCUGAGUGACGGCUUCCUACACUGAUGCCUUAGCAAGAUUUCACGGUGCUGUACUUGUGAUUUUUGUACCUUCACUGAGUGACAGGUACAGAUUAUUUUUAGAAGUCCUUACUUUUUCAUAAUGUUUGCUAGAGUAAACCAAAGGACAUGCAUGCUACAGAGGAUGUAGCUCAAGAUGUUGAACAAAAACUAACUUCAAACUCAAAUAUAAACGGACAUUAUCCUCUCUUUCCACCUGUUGUACCUUUUCACUAUCUCCCUCCAUCUGUCCACUCUUUAUUUUUUCUAACUCUUCACCAAACUGCUUUCGUUUUUCCUCUUUUUCCCAAUCCUUGCAUGACCUCUCCUCCUCAUGUUUUUUUUUUCUUCAGUUUUUUCCUAACUCCUUUCGUUUUGCGUGUAUGAGACAUGUUGGCAAUGUUUGGCAAAGUAAGUGGCAAAAAUAACAUAUUCUUAGUAUCUUCUUCAGUAUCCUGUUGUUUGGUGCUACAUUUUCUGAAAGACAAAGGUGACCUCUUGACAUUCUUAGUUGCUUUGUUUAUACUCAAAAAUCUGUUUAAUUUUCUUUAAAGAUUAUUUACAGGAUAAGUUUAUUACCUGUUCUGACCAUAGGUGUAAAAAAGUCACCGUAUAAUGAUUAAAAAGUUAGCGCAUACUAUUUGUAUUGGUUUAGUAACCUAAUAGACUCCAGCAGGCCAAAUGUAAUUGAAAUAAUUUGAUAUGAAACCAAGAAAAAGCUCACAAAUCUUUCCCAAGUAAAGCUGGAACCAGAAAAAAGAUCAGUGUUUGCAGUUGAAGAGUUUUGGCUUCAAGCAUAAAGGACAGAAAACAAACUAGCAGACCUGAGAUUCAGAAUAUUUACACUCAAAGUUAUUUAUGAAAACAUUCAUCUUUCUCUUUGUGUCUGCUUUUUCUAAGCAGGUGAGGCACUCCUGGACGAUGUAAUCAGACCGAAGGAUUCAUCUGCAGUUUUCACAUCAGAGCGAGACAGAGGAGGGACAGAGAAGGAAGAGGAAGGGGAGGACAGCAGAGACCCGAGGAUGGGUGUGGGGAAGAACACCACCUCCAAGUCGAUGGACAGCAGCAGCGAGGGAGGAAAAUACGAAGAGGAGAGCAAGCAUGGCGCAGAUUUCUACCCUAUUCCGGUACAUGACCGUUUUAACAACCAUUUUUACCACAGAGGAGGACGUGGUCUGGGCAUGCCCGAAGUAGCCCGAACAAUAACCAGACAAAAAAGAAAUGUAGGGUUUGGUCUAUAAGCACCCAAACUUAUAAUUACCGUCUUAAUCCAUCUCCUCCCUUUGUGUCUAUCGGGUUCUUUUACGUUGAAGCUCAGAUUUGGCGUCUCUUUGUACUCGGAAUGUGCUUUUGCAACAGCAGGUCUAAGAACUCUCUCUCACACACACACACACACACACACACACACACACACACACACACACACACACACACACACACACAAUCUGUGAACUCUUUGGCUCCUUAGUGCACGCUGCUGCUGGCCCUCUAUUCUCAGUUUUCUUAAUUUUUCCUGUUGUUCCAAGUCGGUGUUUUCUUAACAAUGGAAGCCAAACUGAUAAUAUUCAAACCACAUUCAUGAAAAGAUAUAAAUGUGAUUUUUAAAUGUAUUUUAAUUUUUUUAAUCAGUUUGCCAUGUACAUUUAUUUAAGAUCUGUGCUUAUGUUCUAGGCUCAAAGUGAAUGGACUUUGAACAUCAUCAGCACAUGUGAAAAGAAAAUUCACUCACCUUAUUAACUUCAUACGUUUACCGUCAGUGUAUUGAUUAAAUCAUUUUUCUUUAUAAUAAAAAUGUCCUUAUUUUGCUCAGGGUUCGCUUGAGGGUUUAAAGUCAGAUCUAUCAAAAUUGUAUAACUUUAAUCAUUAAGUUCACAUUACCUUUCCUGUGUUUCUUUGUGGCUCCAUCAGCCAAUCGAUAUUUGGAAUCUAUGUGCGUCAUUUCCAGUUUACUGUCUGUUGGAUGAUCAGGCACUCUAUAAUAAAGAUUGUCUUAUUUACGGCUUUAUUGACUUAUUAAAAAUCUAAACUGUGUGUGUUUUCAUGAUAAGGUGGUGGUCAACGGAGUGGGUGGCGCCAGUGGAGACCAGGAUACAGAAAACACAGAGCUGAUGGCCAUCUACACUAAAGAGAAUCAAGGAGCAGAAAAGGUAAACCAAGUGGGAAAUGAUGGGUUAAAACAAAUCACUGAUCACUGUAAAAGCUUCUUUGGAUCAGAAUAAGCUUCUAUCUGAGGAGACUGACACACAGUCACAUGGUUUGAGAAAGCUUACUCAUAAUCACGCGUCAGAGUCCCUCACCUUUCCCCCACAUCAGUGAAGAUGUAAUCCCCAUGUUUUCAGCCUCCGAAUAUUUAGCAACCUUCUCGGUUACCGUAGUAACAACAUGUGUGGUCUAAUACUAUAGCAAACACUGCUUGAACACCAACUGUUGUAUCAAACAAACUCACGUUGUCUUGUAGAUGAAGUCACAUGGGGUGAGUAGUUUUCCACACAGCAGCAGAGUGAAAGAGCAGGUUUCCUUGCCGACUAAUUAGAGGUUUACAGAUUAUCGCCUCUAACUUCUCACUGUGAUUGCUUUUUCUUGUUUCAUAACAUGACUGUAACAAUAACUGCACUAAUAUUAGAUAAUGAAGAAUAAUUAACUUUGUAUCUUUAAACAAAUCCACAUCAGCGCUGAUCUCCAACAAACAGGCGGUCUCUGCUGCUUCAAAAUUAAAGUCGCCUUGUUUUAGGUUUAUAAUCUGCUGCAGCAGCGAUAGGAAAUAUUCGCUUUGGGUGAGUAGCUCUGAAACAGCAGUGAGCAGAGAGAAACAGUGAGGCUGAAAGUGUUUUUGCUAGCAACCUUAAUGUAGUGCAGAGAUGGAGAAUCACUCGCUAACAAUAAAAACAUCGCAGUGACUGAAAAUAGACAUGGAUGAUCUUGGCGCCGUUUUCGUUUAGUUUUGUAUUCAAUAAUUUUCAUACAUGCUGAUAACAUCAUUUAUUGGUAAUCAAUGAAGGAUUAGGGAGGGGAUUAAGUAUAACGUCUUCCUACUCCUUUUCAGAUAUGUAAAAAAAUUUUGCCAAUGAAAUAGCUUUUUACCUUGUCUCUAUAUUUUACUUUUUUGUGUCUAUCUGGCUGCUUAUAGUUUUUUUUUAAUGUUAUUUUUGACAUUUUCAAAAUAAACAGUUUCAAUCAAUCAAAAGUAAAAUACGUAAACUUUCGCAGAGAAGUGCUGAUGCGAUGUAAAACCAAAAAGUCAACAUCAGACCAAUCAGUCUGUCUCUAUGUUAUCUUGUCUCUCCCAUCCUGAGUGCUCUUUUGUUGUUGUCAUCAUGACUGUGCAGUUUCCUUUGCUAAGUGGAAAAAGUCAUGUGUUUUUUUUUUCUUAAACACUUAAUCAGUUUCACUUUCAUGUACGGUAAUCUUUUUGAACCUUCACAUAAAGAAAAACACAAAGGGUAAAGUCAACAUGUCAUGAAAACAUGAAUUGUGAUGACAUGACUUUCUUUGUCAACUUUUCCCUAGAGCUCGAUGUCUGAGACGUUAGAUAGCACAGACAGCAUGGACGCCAGGAGGAUGGAUAUGAUUUAUACCAUUGAAGACACCCCGCCCUGGUACCUGUGUGUGUUUUUGGGCCUACAGGUAAACCCAUAGACUACACAGCUGCUUCCUUCUUUGUUCAUAAAGCUUAGCUGACAUAAAGGAGGUAUGAUCAAUUAUUCAAAUGUUUUCUGUACAUGAAUAAUAGAUGUGUUUGUCUUUUACAAUAUGUACUGAAAACAUACACCUACACAUGUUCUGUAGAGUCAGGGUGUGUCAUAUCUUUCCCUGUGCUGCUGGUACUUGUCAUCUAAUGGUAGUAUUUUACCUCCAAACAUCCCAAUGGUCAUUACCCACUAGACACGGACACAGAAAUAGGAUUGAUCUCACGGUAGUAAUCACAUGUUGGGUUAAUAGGUAAAUGUCAUGUUGUGUUUGUAUCUGACGACAGGGAUUAGUCCCUUUGUUACCUCUGUCUGCCUCUUAGUCAUUACUGAAAGGCUGUAGGACACAGGAAAGACAACAAUAUCAGAGGAACACAAAAGGCUUGUCAAAAUAAGCCAAGACAGCAAAUCACAAAUGCUGUCUUUACAUAUUGCAUAUUUUAUACAUACUUUUUUUACGAAAUAACGUCGUAAAUAUGUUUAUCCUUUAGACAUUCGACUCUUGACUCAUGAACUUAACUUCCGUUCCAGAGCUCUUAAGGGAACUCGAGUCCAAAUCCCUCUUUGCCAUUGUUACCACAUUACUGCAUGUUUCAGCUUGAGUCAUUUAAUAGUCAGUCAGUGAAAGGAUGCCUCAUGCAGUGCAUUCAUUGGAGCUGCCCAGGCCAGUGUCAGCCUGGAGAGACAGACAGUGGUGGUGGUGCUGCUUUUUCUCAAACUGAAUGUUAAGUUUCUACGAUUAUUGUUUUUCAGAACACAGUGUUUGUUAUACACAUCCGCUGAUGCUUCACUUUUCUUUCUUUAUUUCUUUUUUUUUUUUAAGGAAUAAAACAGCUUUUUAGAAUUAUCAGACUUCUGUGUGGAUAAAACUUCACUUCAUGGAAAACUGUCUAAAUACUGAUUUCCUCAGAAAGUAUUAUAAACUAAGAGGGUAUUGUUAGAACUUUAAGGAAAUAAUCGCAGAAAAGGGUUUUUACUGGUAACAGAUAUUUUUCGAGAACAUUUCCAAAGAUUGUAUUUCUGGUGUUUUUCUCCUGUACUCACUAACAAGUUAAAAAUAGACACACACAUACUUACACGUUGACUCUUUGGUUGUCUUCGCAGCACUACUUGACGUGUUUUAGUGGAACUAUUGCGGUGCCAUUUCUCCUCGCUGAGGCGAUGUGCGUCGGCUUUGAUCAGUGGGCCACCAGUCAGCUCAUAGGGACCAUCUUCUUCUGUGUGGGGAUCACCACUCUGCUACAGACCACACUGGGCUGCAGGUACACACACCUGAACAUGUCUAACAAAGUCGAUUCUUGCCCUUACAGCCCUCCCCUCUCUCUCCCACUCGCUUCCUCUCAUCUCGAAGAACCACUUGAACAAGAAGAGUCAUUGUCUACACCAAGUACCUCUUUAUCAAUCCUUCCUCUUCAUGUCACUGCUGGUCAUGCUCUAAGUACGUGCACUUUAAUGCAGUUGAUGUGUGUUCUCUUUUUUCAUAGUGAAUCUCAGGGGUGGGACAAAUCGAUUCACAUAAGUAUCGCCAUUUUUUGUUUUACAAUUUUUCAAUCGAUUUUCAUGUUCAAAAAUCUAUUUUUCUUUUCAAAUGUAGGAAUGAAUCUUAAAAACGGACUUUCAUGUGAUGUGUAUUUUUUGGGGAAAUAUGGUUCCCGGAAUAGUCAGUAGACAAUUGUAAUCAUUCAACUGUUUCACUGGUGACAAUAUCAUAGAAUCGCAAUUUAAAUCAAAUCGGCAUCCAAAAAAUCGUAGUAGAAUCGAAUCAGGAGAAAAGCAUAUUGUCCCAGCCCUAGUGAAUCUGCUGUUUUUGAUCGAGAUUUGUUGUGGAAUUAUCUCAGGAAAAGAAAUAUUUAAAAUCACUUUUUAUUCUUUGUGUCCUCUUCAUUUUAACACUUGACUGGCUCCUUUUACAUCUUGAGCCUGGAGAAACGUCAAUUUGUUUUGUUUAUUUUGGAUUAGUGUCAUAAGUGACUGCUAUCAUUUCCUUUUGAUUUCAUUUAUUAGCCAGUUGGGGCUGCCUCUACCAUGUCAGACUCAUAAAUUAUGUCAUUUGCCUGGUACGCAUAAUUUCCUUCAAGAUUUGAUGAGUUAUGAUUUUGACUUCCGUGUUUCGCUCAUGUGACUGCGGUCCUCUGGUGCAACUUAGACUUCCUUUUAUAAGAAUGUACACCACAGAGCUGAGGAAGAAGAUACUCAAGAGACUGUUUUACUUCAGGCUAAAAGAACGAGCUGUGUGUGCCUCAACUGUUGCAUCAUCCCUAGACGAGCCAUGCCAGUUACUCUGAAGCUAUAGUCUACAGGACAUACAGACAUUUCUUUAUUUAGCUGAGAAUCAUGAACAAUUUCUUGCUUUCUGCCAGACUAAUGUGCAUAUUAUAGAAAACACACAGAUCACCUGAUUCCUCCCAGAUAUUUUUUAUUCGGUUCAUGUAUGCCCCUCACAUUUUUUCUCCCGCCACAUUUUUCUCAUAUUUUUCACCUCAUUUCACCUCACAGAUGCAGCACAUACAUUUCUCUCAACGCCUUGUGUCCUCACCCUGCCCUCCAGGUGCUCAUUCCUUUUUCCACCAUUCAGUACCUGGUAAUCACUGCAGCAGAACCUUCUUUUUAAUGGUUUUUCAUCUUACAAGAUUACUCAUCCAUGUAAUCGGGUCUGUACAUGUAUUUGGUAGUCUUGUUAGUGCUAAAGAUUAACCCGUACUAUCAUUUGCUUAUGCAAAAACAAAUAAUAGAUGUAAAGCGUAGUGCCUUCCACUCUGCACGCCAUGAAUAAGUCUCAUUGCUAUCACAUUCAUCAUUCCCACAAUUUGCAGCAGAGCUCACUUGCAGCUCAGUUUAGUCACACACUUCCUGUUCCGCCUUUUAAGCAAUAAAUCUAAUCUUCCAUCAUGUCUUAGUAGAUUCUGGGUGUUUCAUCACUGCUCCUAGACUGGAGCAGCAGCUGCUGCUCUGUCAAGAUCACCUCAUUCAUACAAACCAGGACCGACACAAAUACUGGCGGCUCUUUUUUGACUCUGGCUCCUUGCCCUCGGCUGAUGCCACAGUUGAAAUAGUGUGCAAACACCGUCUUAUCUUAUGGAAGCUUUGAUAAAUGCAUUUUAAUCCUGGAAGAGGGAUUUUUCUCCUAGCAUAUGACCCCUAAAAGUGUUUUAACUUGAAUGUGGAAGUACGAUCAUAUUUUUUACCCAGAAAAAAGAUCCAAUGUUUUUUUAUUCUUCUCUGCCUAAGUCUGAUAAUUCCUGAUAGUGAAUAUUAGUUUUUGGAUUCCUAUUUGUUUGAACUUUGAGACCUUUCAAACUAUUCUGACAAAAACUCCUUAUGACUUUGAUUUUGUUUCAUCAAGUUUGAUUAAAUCUUUCUCUGCUGUGAGAUCAGACCAGAUAUCAGGCCUUUGGUCAGUACAGGUCAAUGUAUUAAAUAAAGAACAAAUAUCAAGAAUUUACUUUUGCUGACAAACAGCAGCUGCACAAGCAGACACCAAGGGAUCUCACUUUUUCCACCACGGGAUGUGAAAGGGCAUUGCACCAGUUUAUUGUUGCACAUUCACUGUAAGGGGAAGUCCUAAGAGGGAACUAUUUUCAAAAGCAGUUGAAGAAGCAGCUGACAAAUCUUAUUCCGUCUCCCAAACAAAGUUCUUGUCAAGUCCAGAGGCACUGAUAAUUCCCCUCAAAUAUAUAACUCAGCAGUAACAAUCAUUGGCAUACUACAUGUAGAUGAUCUUUUAAUAUGCUUGAAGGUUUUUUGUCACAAGAGCUACAGACAGUUUUGAGUAUCUGUGCUCUGCUAAUGAUGAAUAAUGAGCCGAUUUCAUGCACACAAAGUCGUCCUUCUGUUUAUAUAAACACCAGUCUUACCGGACAUUUUAGUCCUUAAAUUUUGUCGGAAAACUGCAUCUGACUUCUAAAACAUAGAUUCUCAAUAUUCAAUAUAUUAUUAUUCAAUAUAUUCUGGACACUCGAUAUUUGUUUUUUAUCACAGCAACAACAGAGAAAACUUCAUGUCCACUGAGGCUUCUUGAAAACUGACCUCUGUUUAUCCUCAUUCUCCAACACAAACAAAAACCGCAGAGACUUUGGAGGCUUGAACAAGAGCGGCGCUAAUCAUAAACAAACCAACUCUCUCUUUGCAGCAGUGCUGAGCUGAGGGGAACAGUGCCUAUCUAUAUAUCUCUCUGUGGAUUACUGGCUCCUGAGAAAAUGUAAAAGAGGAGGCAGGGAUUGCGAGAAAGUAGGGGAAAGGGGACAAUGACUCGAGAACAACCAGAUUGUUACAAUAGCAUGUCGUCUUUUCCUAUUAUUUCUCUCCCUUCUUAGUAAUUGAACACGGAGCAUACUGUACUGAUAAAACAUUUAUUCCUGUUAUCUCUAUUAGAGCCACAGCUUAUGUUUAAAACAAACAAAAAGAGUCUUUCCUUUCUUUCUGAUGUUCUCAGCUUUGUCAACUAGACUAAGAUGUAACUGGAGCAAAUUUACUUAUCAAAGCAGCAGGUGUGCCAGAGUUAUUUUAUGAAUGUUCACUUCUUCUUUCACAAGAAAACAAACAUCCCCUUUUUCUCUUCUGGCUCCUUCUAUUUUUAUCUUUGGUAUUUUCACUGAUGGGGCGUCAUCGUGGAACAUUCAUUCUGUUUUUAUCACCGAUCAUAUCUUAUGAUAUCCUUUUGCUGUCCAGACUGCUCACGACUGAUGUCAUUUUUAAAGGCCAGCCAUCGUCUAAAGCGAGGUUGGUGGUAUCUUCACCGCUGAUAAAAUGGCCUUUGCAGAAACAAUGACGUUUGUGGGUUUUUAGAAGUGCCCGCGUGGUUCUGGAUAGUUUAAGUGAAAGAGAAAGAAGAUUGAGGAAAGAGGGAAAUAUCUACCAGUAAUAAGGGGACACAGCACUUUUUCUUUUGUUUUUAUUGGACCACAUUACACAAUAGUCAAGUCAAGUUUAUUUGUAUAGCACAUUUCAGCAGCAGGGCAAUUCAAGGUGCUUUACAUGAAACAAACAGGCAAAAAUAAACAGACAUUCAACACAAUUUGAAAAGUAAAAACAGUUAAAUUAAAAGUUACAUUCAAAGCUAAAAUAAGGUCGGAGAUAAAAGAAAACAAAAGUUAGAUUGGAGAGAGAGAAAAAAGAUUAAGACAGGCAGAUGAUGAAGAUGUUGAUUAGAGGCCUCAGGUUUGAUUUAAUGAUAGGCCACGGCAAACAUAUGCGUUUUCAGCUGUGAUUUAAAAGAACUGAGAGUUUCAGCAGACCUACAGUUUUCAGGGAGUUUGUUCCAGAUAUGAGGAGCAUAAAAACUAAAACCAAUAAACACUUUAUUAACACUAAAUAAACACUUUAUUUUUAUUUUUACUAUUAAUUACGUGUGAAAGUUGUCUACAUGCUGUUUUUAUUCUUUAUCUGUACUGUUCUUGAUGAAAUGAAAUGCUAAAUGUGUGAUCUGCUGCAAUUCAAUUUUCCUAUGGGACAAAUAAACUACUACUACUGCUACUGGAAGACUUCUCAAAGGCAACACAGUGGUUGUUCCUGGAAUAACUGUGACUAGUAAACCCAACAAGUUUAAGGUCUAGAUCCCAUAAUGAUGUCUUGUAAUUGAAACACUGUUCUGUGUAUAAAGGAAAAACUCCCACUGCAGUGAAGUUGUGACUGAUUGUGAUUACUCAAACUUAUUUUUAUUCUUUAUUUUUGUCCUUAGGUUGCCUUUAUUCCAGGCCAGUGCUUUUGCCUUCCUCGCACCAGCCCGCGCCAUCCUCUCACUGGAUAAAUGGAAGUGUAACAACACAGGUAACUCCUCUCUUGUCUGUUUCCACUCAUUCAGUACUGAACCUCUCAGGUAUGACAUAGGGAUUAAAAUCUGUGGAUUACCACACCUUUGUUUACGUUGGUAACAACUCUGAAUGCUCUCAGAACCAAAGCCAGAAAAGAUGGCAGGGUUAAACAUGCCCUAAAUAAGAUUAGCAGUUUUUUGUUUGGCCAUUUGAAUUAUUAACCAGAGUUGUGAUGUACACAGUGAUCAAAUUAAUGUCUAAUCCCCCUGUCUUUUUUUUUCUCCAUCACCAGAGGUUCCAGUGUUUAACAGCACAGAGCUCUUCCACACAGAGCACAUUUGGCACCCCAGGAUACGAGAGGUACGAAAAAAUGAGACAAAAUGGGAAACACAGAGUUAAACAGGAAAUAUUUCUGCAAAUUCACACGUUAUUCAACUUAGCUUGAAUAACUCCUUGUGCAACUUUUUUACACAACUUUUGCUGAAUGAAAGACGUCUUAUAGCCCAGCAAGCUAAACCAGUUUGAGAGAUAGAAGAGCAUCUCUGUUCAGGGCUGCAGGGUUGGGUUUUAUGUGACAGGAGCUGUUCAUUUGAAUUAACCUUUUUCCUUUUGCGCAAGCCAGUUAAGUAAUUGUUGUUACGUGACGCCUCAAUAAAACUUAACUCAAUCAUGUCAUUGUAAAGGGGAACAUCAAUAGGCUGAGGGAAGAAGGAACGUGCAGGUGAUAAAAGGUGACAGAGGAGAGAGAACACAAAGACGGACAAGGACAGAAUAAACAGGAUUAUCGGGAAGAAUCAAAACACACACUGCUGGAGCUGGAGGCUUCUUGUUUUUAUGUCGGGUUAAUCAUUUUGGAUCUGCAUGUUAUUGAUCACAAGAUGAGAAAAGUUAGUUUAGCUCAGAUCCCUCCGCAGGAUAUCGAGGUAGAGAUGCUAAAAGCAAAUGUUCUUGCAACACAACCUUCAGCCUAGUAACUGAAGGGUGCUACUGAACUUGGUCUUGUCUUUGAAAUGACUUCACUGUGUUUGAAUCCCACUGCUCAGCUUGGCUACAGUGCAGUUAUUCUUUAUAAAAGUGUAGUAUCUGCUUUUGCCGUUGAGCACUUUUACCACCACAUUCAGAAAAUGCUGCAUGAAACCGAGAUGUAGCUUUUCAGAAUAAAAAACAAGGUGAUAUGAAACAGAGUUUUGGAUGUGAACCUGCUUUCAGUCACUUUGAUGUAUAUUUUUGAGGGUCUGGUGUUCGAGAUGUUGAUUCAGGACAAAUGUGAUUUGAAAGUUCAAGCUGGAAACUUCAUCUUUGGUUUUUUUUUUGGUGCUUUGUAAAAGUGUCUUUGUCUCAUUAACCCUUUCAUCUCUCUUCUUCUUGAUGUCUUUGUCCCCUCAGAUCCAGGGAGCUAUCAUUGUGUCCUCUCUUAUUGAGGUGUGUAUUGGAGCGCUGGGCCUGCCUGGACUCCUCUUAAAGUACAUCGGACCUCUAACCAUUACCCCCACAGUGGCCCUCAUUGGCCUGUCUGGUUUCCAGGCUGCUGGAGAAAGGGCUGGAAAACACUGGGGCAUUGCAAUGCUGUAAGUUCUGACUGUCAUUCAGACAAAUGUACAUUUAAGUAAAAACAAGAGUGUUUUAAAAGUUACACUUCUCACCUGAGCUCCAUCCAGCUGUACAAAAUGAUUUCUGCUAACUAGAAACUCACAUAUGUUGAAGAGGAAGAUGGAAAUCUACUGUUCAAGUAGACAAUACUGCAGAAGUGGCGUGACUGGUUUCUAUGAACCGUUUUGUUCUGCUAUGGAAACCUGUCGCCACUGGAAACCCCUGCACCUGACUGGACAUUUUUUUAAGCGUUGCUCUCAGUUGGAUGCAUGUGGGAACAGAUUUCUCAUGCUUAGCCAAGUGAUUAAUACUUAGGAGUUUUUUUUUUUUAAAUCAAGCUCUGGUUCAAUAAUGAGUUUGGAGUUUAAUCUAAUUUAACUGAUCCUCAGAUACUAAAUGAAAAAGAGUCUUUUUUGGGGGGUAUAAUGUAGUUGAUUAUGACAGAGUAAUGACUCAGACAUGGAGGUCUGCCUCAAAGCUGUAAUGUUCAGGUGGUGUGACAUCAGUUCCUGCUGUGUCACUGCUGUUUACUCUGUAGCUGGAGGGCACCUCCUCUUGCUCCAUAGGGACAGAGGAUAUGUGCCGGUAAUUGCUACUGAUUUGCACUUUCUGAGGCAGUUAGGAUAAUUGAUUGGCGGUGAAACCUCUGGGGCCUCAGUCAGACGUAGAUGGGAGGAAAUGGGAUUUGUUCAUACAGACUGAUUCUCUCAGCAGGGAGAAUAUAAAGAACAGAAAGUAACAGGUGUUUUUUGACUGUGAUCAACCAAUCUGAAGACUGCUGUUUCUACCCACAGAACUAUCUUCCUGGUGCUGCUCUUCUCUCAGUAUGCCAGAAACGUUCACUUCCCUCUCCCAGUCUACAAGGCCAAGAAAGGCUGGACUUCCUAUAGACUGCAGGUCUUCAAAAUGUUUCCUGUAAGUGCAUUGUUUACUCAAAAAGCACAUACACUCUUUAGCAUACAGUAGAGUCUCUUACACAAGGCAUGUCUUUCCCAGUAAAUAUUUCACACACUUCAAUGAAAUCUACCCUAGUUUUUUUCCACCUGCCUCCACCGCACACUGUGCUCCCUCUUCAAGUUACAAAUUAUUUAACAAAAAUUCUCAAAGGGAGAGUUGAGGAGUUUUCCUCUGAGAGCCCGUAUACAGUGUGUAAAUCUGUCUUUUUCUGCCCUCUGCUGGUGAUAUGAGAAACAAUAGGACCUCUCCUAAAUCAGCGUUCAUGAAUUGUAGCUGUCUCAUUUACCUUUCUGCCCAAAAGGCUCCCUGUUGUUUUGUAAUGGGUCAUCCAGACUGUAAAUAUGAACGUUGACCUGCUUUUGUGACGGCCGGCAAGCCUGAGCCUGGGAGACUGUGAACACAGAGCAACUCUUGUGGCCAGGGAGCUUACAUGUGUCAAAUAGAGAACAUCAGUCUCAGUGUAACCAAAGUUAGCCUCACUAUAUUCUAUAAUAUUUUAUGACAACACUCAAAGUGAUUCAUUUUCCAUUUUUAAUGUGUCUUUUUUGAUCCUGCAUCUAGAUCAUCAUGGCCAUCCUGGUGUCAUGGCUGCUGUGUUUCAUUUUUACUGUCACGGACGUUUUCCCGCCAGAGACGGACAAGUAUGGCUUCUACGCUCGCACAGACGCACGUCAAGGAAUCCUGGCUGCUGCACCGUGGUUUAAGAUCCCGUAUCCCUGUAAGUGUGUGAGGGGAGGAGGAGAUGAAAUUUAAUUAUGUUUAAAAGAAUUAAGGUCUCUAUGUCUGGUCUCAUUACGCUGUGAAAUAUUCAUCUGCCGGUGGCUCUGGUACUGAAAGAUUAUGAGGGGAGUUUUAUACAGCUAUAAACCCCGCCUCACUUUGCAUAGAUUAUAUACAGAGAUAUUUACUCUCUCUUACUACCAUCACUGUGUUUUUACCUCUGCAGUCCAGUGGGGUCUUCCCACAGUCACAGCUGCUGGUGUGAUCGGCAUGAUGAGUGCGGUCGUGGCGAGUAUCAUUGAAUCGAUCGGAGAUUACUACGCCUGUGCACGUCUCUCCUGCGCCCCUCCGCCCCCAAUCCAUGCCAUCAAUAGGUGACUCAUCAGUUUACCUUAUUUCUGUUCUCACAGGAGACUCUAAAGUUUCACUUUGUUUUUCCACACGGACAAUUUACUGUCUGGAUGAUGCUUUAAUGAGUUUGUUUGUCUACCGUCUGUGAAGGGGGAUAUUUGUCGAAGGCAUUUCCUGUGUUCUGGACGGUCUUUUCGGGACAGGAAACGGCUCCACAUCUUCCAGUCCAAAUAUAGGCGUUCUGGGAAUCACAAAGGUAACACUCACCUCAACUCAAAUAGCCUGUUUUGUUUGUUAGUCAGUUGUUGUUUUUUACUUUUUACAGCAAUUGCUUGUAUAAUAAAAUAUCAAACUACAGCUGAAUACAGAGUAAAUAUUAUUUCAUGUCACUUGUAGCAAAGUUCAUGAUUCUUAACCAGCGUAAUACGGUUGUGGUUGAACUAUGAAAUCCCUGACUCCUCUCCCCAGGUGGGCAGCAGACGAGUGAUUCAGUACGGAGCUGCUAUGAUGCUGCUGCUAGGGCUGAUUGGUAAAUUCAGCGCCCUGUUUGCGUCUCUCCCUGACCCUGUGCUGGGAGCUCUGUUCUGCACCCUGUUCGGUAUGAUCACAGCAGUGGGACUGUCAAACCUGCAGUUUGUUGACCUCAACUCCUCCAGGAACCUCUUUGUUCUGGGUUUCUCCAUCUUCUUCGGUCUGAUGCUGCCGAGCUACCUCAAACAGAACCCACUGGUCACAGGUGAGGACGAAUAACUUUGAGGCUUUGCCAUCUUCAAUAAUUCAAAUAAAAACACGACUGUAACAGACAGAUAAAACAGCUUUCUUCUGUCAGUUACUAAGCUCUCACUUUGCGUCUCUUUGACAGGAAUUGUUGAGGUUGACCAAGUUUUGAAUGUGCUCCUCACUACUGCUAUGUUUGUCGGGGGCUCAGUCGCCUUCAUUUUGGACAAUACUAUUCCUGGUAAGAUGUCUGAACCACUCCUAUAUUUAUUUUUCAUCUGUGCCACUAUGAAGAUGACUUAACAUUCUGCUCUUUGUAUUUAUAGUUGAAUGAAAUGAAUGAUGAUGCGAUGGAACACACAUUUUUUUGUUGUGUUGAAAAUCUUAACGAUGAAGCUAUUUCUGCAGAGCACUUACAGAUGCUGAAUGAUGUCUGGGUUAACACAGUUGCCUAUUAUGACCUCAAUAGUCAACUGGCAGACAAAUCAAUAAUCAAAGUUGAGGAUUGCAUUUAAAAUCUAUAGCUGUCAGUCUUUGUUUACAGUCCCAAUUUAGAUUUGAUUCUUUAUUAUUUGUACUUGUUGAUUCAUAUUCACAUUUUUGUGCCUCAAUUUCAUAAACAUCUAAGAUAUGUAGAUCUAUUGUGAUCUACAGAGCUGUACUUAUCCUGCUCUCAGUCAUAGUCUGUCAGAUUCUGUCAAGUCUUGUGUCACGUGACCAAAACAUUUGGUCACCUUAGAGACAAAGAGACAUUAAAGGGAAAGGGAGAGAUUUAAUUGACCCAUUUCCUUCUCUCUCCUCAGGUACUCCUGAAGAACGAGGCAUCAGGAAGCUGAAACGUGGUGCUGGUCUCAGCACAGCAGAACUUGAAGGAAUGAGGUCUUACGAUCUGCCCUUUGGAAUGGACUUCAUUCGGAGAUAUCCCAUUUUCAAGUACAUCCCCAUAAGUCCCGCCUUCACGGGCUACCAGUGGGGGAGGAUGCGGGAAGCCUGCAGGAGCAGGACGGGACAUGGGGAUUCAGUGAAGGGAGGGGGGAUCGGAGGGGAGGGGGUCACAGCAGCAGGGGAAAGUCGGGUAUAGCCACUGAGUUGCUGCUAAAAAAGUCCUGAGAGUGGCUGGAUUUGGGGAGCAAGGGAUGGUACACUAAGAGAAAAGGAUGGGAAAGUGGAGGACAGGAGCGGUGCAGGAUUCAAGAUUGCGUGGAAGAAAGGCGAUGCACCAACCCCUCCCCACACCUUCCAGUGUGUGUUUUCUUUAGCUCGUUUCUGUCUUUUCCCACUUCCCACUAUGCUAUUUAAAGCAUGCUACAGCAAGUCACAGCAUGCUACAAAAGAUGUCACCACGGGGGAGGUUCGUUGGUGUGUGUUCAUGUGUGUGUGCACAGAGAAAAAAAUGGGUUUGUGCAUUAAUUUAUUUGCACUUUAAUCCAGAUCAGAUAGACUAAAACCAUCGGACUGAAUGUUUGAUGAUCACAUGAACGUGUACUGCCCUAAAAUCUAUUCAACAAAAAGCACAGUAGCUUUUUAUUACGUCAAUUGAGGAUUAUGCAAAGUUUCUUCUCUGAAUUAUUUGCCUCGAGAUUCUUAUGCAACCGUGUUAGACAAAAGCACACAUGCUCACACACCAAAAGCCUCACCAGAAUUAGCUAGAGCACUCCGAUGCACGUCAGGGUGAUGCAGAUUGAUGGAAGUGGUUUGUCAGGUGCCCUUACUCAUGCAAAGUGAUUGUGAAAUUUAUUUUUGCACUAUCUGCCUCUUGAGUUGUAAACCAGAAUGUCACUCCACAGCUCACUCGCCCCCGUUUCUUCAGUGAAACUCCUCAGAGACCCGUUCACCAGCACAUCAAAACCGCUAAUCUAAUGCUAAACAUCGCAUUUCCUGUUUCUGUCGCAGCACAGAGCCGAACAUCGGAGUUCUCCUCUUUAACAUAGCAGUUCACAACCCGUUGUCUGUAAGUAUUAUGCAUCAGUUACAACCAGACUAAAACUCUAUUCUUCUUGAACACACCCAUUUUUACUCCAGUCAUCUGAUAGGGUUCAACCUUUUUAUACUCCAUCAAAAGACAAAAUCGAUUUUUACAGUAUAUUUUUAUUUGAUAACCGCAAGAUAUUCAUUCUUAUUUGAUAGUUGUUUUUUACGAUCUUAAACAGGAACUUCUCAAACAUAACUGGCUUUUAUUAAUGUCUCUACUUCCCUGAGGACAGCAGUGUAUUUAUUAUAUCAAUGGCGCACAGUUACGCAGACAAGAGGCCUUUUUUUGGAGAGAAGUUGUGUACAUAAAAACCAAGAAUUUGGAUUACAAAAUGACUUCAGUGACACUGUACAAGGCUUUCCUUUUUUUUUUCUCUCUAUCUUUUUGGUUUGCCAGUCCACGUUUACUCUGGUCCGGACUCUUGUUCUGUAGUUUUCACAUUCAGUGUUCUCUUCUGACUCUUCUCCUCUGUCCACCAACACCGGACCUAGACCGGUUACAAGGAAUCUGCCUUCAUGGGUUUCUGCCAGACAGUGGUAGAGAAAACACUUCUGCUGGAUCCAGAUUACAUCAUUCGGGGACAGGUGUUUGAGGAGCAGAUUCAGAACAAAAGAGGCAUCAUCCUUCUUUAACAAGCCAGUUUACCAUAAAUGGAUUAUUUUGAGGUUUAUGUAAAAGUGGAAUAGUUGUUCAGUGUUGCUUUAAAUGUUCAUCAUGUGACGGCAGGCGGAGGUCUCUGAUCCUCUGAUUGGGUCUUCCCUCAGUUUAAGCCGUCAGUUGUGCUCUGCUUUAAGCAGAAAUGUGUGUUAAUGUAGGAUUUAUUAAGGCUGCAACAGAAAUAUUACACCCCUUCCACGAUCCAGAAUUGGUUGGUUCUUGCAUGUGUGCAUUCAGUCAGCCACCGCAUUAUUAUACUGAUAGGUAAGAGUGGUGGUUUAGUUGGGAUAUAUCAAAGGAUUGGAAGGUUUUUAAUGUCAUUCUUUAGUUGACUAAAGAUGUGGUGUGUGUUUUUGCUGCAGCCUUUCACAGUUUUAUUGAUGUCAUUAUUACCUAUCACUGACUUAAUCAUUUUGAGGACUUUACAUUCCCCCCUCCCUCCUUUCCCGCUCGUCUCUGUCACCUGUGCACCUCCUGCUGUUAUCCCACCCAGACUCAGUUCCAUGCUUAUUUGUGAUGCUGUUCAUUUCUGGCAUGUAGUUGAGCAAAACUGGUGUACAAACCCACAGUCGCGGAGCAUUAGCAGUACGUACCUUAAUGAACAGAGACCCUGAAGGACAAAUGUCUAAUUUGACGUCACUCUGUGCCUCAGGCGUUUACAUUCAAAUUAUACAUAGAUGUUUAAAAAGAUUUAUGAUAGAGACAAAUUUGCAGCAUUAUAAUCUUUGUAAAUGUGGAAAUUAAGCUAGAAAACUACUUUUAAAUAUUGAGCCCAGCAGAGAUUUUCUACUGAACCAAAAUGAUUAAGACUCUUUGUUCAUUUCUCCUGAUGUUCUGUUACCAUAUACCAAAAGUUUUCUCUAACUAUUGGCAAUUCAAAAUGUCAUCCCAGUUUUUCUUUUAACUUUUUUUCAGGCUAUUUAUUUAUUUAUAAGAAGAGAGUUUAUGUUAAAUAAGUGCUUGAAGCAGGUUUAUGUAUAAGUUGCACAAUAUUGAAAGUAUAUCUAUGACUUUACGUUUUCCUUUAGAAAUCAGUGUGAAGAUGAUUGACCGCUGCUCCUUCGCCCCUCAGCCUCAACUACAGUCGAUGUUCAGCAGCUUUUUCUAAAGAGAGUUUUUAAUACAAGCUGUCUCGAUUUCAUUCCAUUAGCUGCAUGAUGUUUUUACAAACAAGAGAAAAACACUUUAAGAUAUUGAACUGGAUAGUUGAGUCAGAGUCAGGGCCUUUUUACUACAAGUACUGUUUGCACAUGUAACGGUGCCAAGAACAUCAGGUUCAGAGUGAGUUAUGCUCACCAACCUGUGACCCUCAAAUGUCACCAGAGAGUGCUUACCCAGAAAUCGGGUCAAGAAAGAUUUUUUUUUUUCUGUCUGAUGACAGAAAUCAGGUGGCAUCAUCUUCGGAUUAAAUAUUUUGGGCCUAAAUCUAAGAUAUCAUGGCUAGUUUAGCCCCGUUUAUGACCUCAUUGGUAUCUUACACUAAUGAUUCAACUGCAUUGUGUUCCCCAAGCCAACAUCCGUGAAAAAAUAAAUAAAACUUGAACACUGUACCCACUGAUGUGGGAUUCACUGAGAUAAAAACAUUUCAGAGGGGAUUGUUGGCAGAUGUUUACUACAUGCCCAGAAUGGUAAUAUGUUUACUUUGGAUGUGGUCAAGGUUAAAAAUGUAACAUGUCACAGACUUGCUCUCCACUCUACUCUUCAAGCUGACUUUCCUUUUGUACUUAAAUGUGUUUGUCAUCAUCUGCUGUUACCAAAAUGGACCUCCUAAAAGUUCCCCCCUCAGAGUUAACAUGGAGGACCUGUGAUUGGACUGACCUUAUAAGGAUAGAAGGAAACCUGAGCCUGAGCUUUAAAAGGCCCAGACACAUCUGCAGAUUUCAAGUUUACAGAUUUCAUCUUGUUGUCUGACUGACUCAAACAUUACAAGCACUGAAGUCACAAAAGGGGGCAAGCCAGUGACCUCUGAUGUGGGCAGACACUAUAAUUCAAAAGCCUUCCUCUUGAAACAUUGGCAGGGUGUAGGACUGGAUAAAAACAGUGUUAGGAGGUGUUUGCAAAAUAGGUUGUUUGAUGACAACGCACCAGCCUCCCGGUUGCAGCCUACUGUGUCUCCUUCCUCAGAGGGAGAGAGAGAGAGAAAACUGAAAACUGUUUUUACAGUUUUGGCACCUCUUUUAGCAGACUCUUGGUAUGUGGCAUGCACAAAUCACAAUCACAAACCUAUCCUGUGACCUUGUUUUCUGUCGUAUCAUGUCCAUCUAACCAGCACUUAUUAUUUCCAUCACAUCCUCUCCUCCCUCUGCACUCUCUCUCUUCAACCCCCCUGCCCCAAAGACCUGCAGUGAUCUUGAUGUCGUCUCAUGCUUAGUGUCCCUGGUUUUCUACCUAUAGGAGCUCUUACUGUUAAUGUUUCUGAACACAGGAGAUGACACCUUGUGGCCACCUCUCUCAAGAGCCGUAAAGAAAGUCCUCAGCGACUGAGUAAAUCUGCCUUACGAUGAACAUUGGAUGUCUUUGUGUUCAAAGGCAGCUUCCUCUUGUUUCUAACUUUGACCUACCAGUUUUUACCGUACUUAGUGUCUUAUUUAGAGUCCUUUACACACAUAAAUAUAUAUUUUUCACAUGGAUGUUAAACUUUACAGUGAAACACCUUGGAUCUCAUAGCCCUGGCUUUCUUCUGGACGGUUCUCUGGCUCGAUUUCAGUAAAAGUCAGCGUAACCAACAGGUGGCUCUUAAGAAGGUGGCCAUCAGGUGUGUAACACAAAGACAUCAAUCCCUUUCAGUUAUUUUGAAGGGGGUCCUACCUGAAGAAUAUACUAUUAUGUAUUAAGUGUUUAUCUUUUUCAAUGUUUCUGUUUUUUAUACAUCGUUUUCAUGUUUUUGCAAGCAAAUAUUUGUAAGAAAGAAAUCAUAACUUUUAAUCUUAAAUCAUGCUGGAAUCGCACCAUUUUGUUGUACUUUUUUUUAAAAGUCAAUACAUUUUAAUCCAAUCAGUGGUUUGGUGGAAUCUUUUUGUUUGUUAGGACCUUUUCAUAUUGUAUUUUUUUACUCUAACAUUGCUUUCUGUUCAUGUUAACACAUUACCAGUAUAAAUGAAAGAACAGCUGAGAAACUUUAAGCAGAUGUUGUAAAAAAACAAGAAAAAAAUGUAUAUUUAAUGGAGUAAAGUUUGCUAAACCUUCUGGAAGAGAAAUUGUGUAAACAUUGUAGCAACAAAAUGUUUUAUGCUCUGUUCCUAAAACAGUUUAAUAAGAUGUUACUGAAUGAACA